ACAUACAGAGAGAGUAGAAAAAGUGUGUUAACCUAGAGUGGAAUAAUAGUGUUUUUCUUGUUAGAGACAAGAAAAGAGAGAAAAAUGGGAAGAGGAAGAGUAGAACUAAAGAGAAUAGAGAACAAAAUAAACAGGCAAGUUACUUUUGCUAAGAGAAGAAAUGGACUUCUUAAGAAAGCUUAUGAGUUAUCUAUACUUUGUGAUGCUGAAGUUGCUCUCAUCAUCUUCUCUAGCCGCGGAAAACUCUAUGAGUUUUCAAGUGCUUCCAGCAUGAUGACAACACUUGAAAAGUAUCAACAAUGCAGUUACGCAUCUUUGGACCCGAUGUUACCGGUUAGUGAUACUCAGAUGAACUACAAUGAGUAUGUGAGGCUAAAAGCUAGAGUUGAGCUCCUUCAACGUUCUCAAAGACAUAUUCUUGGAGAGGAUUUGGGCACACUAAACUCGAAAGAACUUGAGCAGCUUGAGCACCAAUUGGAUGCAUCUUUGAAGAAAGUUAGAUCAAAAAAGACUCAAUCUAUGCUGGAUCAGCUGGCAGACCUUCAAGAAAAGGAGCAAAUGCUGGAAGAAGCAAAUAAACAACUAAAAAACAAGCUGGAAGAAAGUGCAGCUAGAAUUCCACUUGGAUUGUCAUGGGGAAAUAAUGGAGGACAAACAAUGGAAUACAAUCGACUCCCUCCACAAACUACUGCACAACCUUUCUUUCAACCUCUCCGUUUGAAUUCUUCAUCGCCUCAAUUCGGAUACAAUCCAAAUAUGGGUGCAAAUGAUCAUGAGGUUAAUGCAGCAACAACUGCUCAUAAUAUUAAUGGAUUUAUUCCAGGGUGGAUGCUCUAAUGGAUUAACAUAGUAAUAUUUGUUCUCUUGUAUUGUAUGAACUAAUAUAAUUAAUGUUGUUUUUGUGGUGGCCACUAAUCUGUAUUUAGCAACUUACAAUUAUUGUUGAAGUAGUGAGGAGAAUAAUUCACUCAACUUGUUAUAAAAAUAACAACUGCCGGCCCCAUCUCAACUAUGCACUAUGACAUCUUGGAAUUUAUGAUAUAUAUAUGUAUCUAAUAUUUUUGUUUAGAUUAGUGAUGCUUGUUAAC